AUCUGGUGAAUAAUCAGUGGAAGGAGAAUCUUUUUUUUCUCACCACGGUCUCUCACACUGUGUGCCGAACAAGAUGACUGGUUUUUCAGAAAAGGCGAUCCUCAUCGAUGGCAGAGGUCAUCUGCUUGGCCGAUUGGCGGCUAUCAUUGCCAAAACCAUCCUUCAAGGAAACAAAGUUAUUGUAGUUCGUUGUGAACAGCUAAACAUCUCCGGAAAUUUCUUCCGGAACAAACUCAAGUUCUUGUCGUUCCUUCGCAAGCGUUGCAAUGUCAACCCUGCAAGAGGUCCAUUCCAUUUCAGAGCUCCGAGCAAAAUCUUGUUCAAGACCGUUCGUGGAAUGGUUCCACACAAAACACAAAGAGGCAAGGAUGCUCUCAGAAGAUUGAAAGCCUAUGAAGGAUGCCCACCACCCUAUGACAGGAGGAAGCGUGUUGUUGUACCUGGAGCAUUGAGAGUAAUGUGCUUGAAACCUGGCAGAAAGUACUGUCAUGUUGGACGUCUAUCCCACGAAGUUGGAUGGAAGUACAAGGCUGUUGUACGCACAUUAGAAAAUAAGAGAAGAGUCAAAUCCAUCAUGGAAGUUCAAAAGAGAAAUACUCUGAAGAAAUUGACUAAGAAGGCUGGUGAAGUUAUUGCUCCACGAGCAGCACCAUAUACUGCUGUCAUUAACAGUCUUGGAUACAAUUAAAUGUUUUGUAAAAAAAGUUAAAUAAAAUUUAAAUAUUAUUUAAUAAGUAAA